AUGGCAGAUGAGAAAUCGGUCAAGCCAGAAAAGUCCUUUGGUGAUAAAAGUCUUCUUCACAAAAUCGGUUUUAUAUGGAUGGCGAUUGCGUUAAUAUGCGUCCCUAUUUGGUGGAAUAGUACAAGUGUCGAACGAAAGCCAAUUUCAUAUGAUAAAAUUAACCAGCUAUAUGACCAAACUUCUGGAAUUCCAGAGCGGGAAAGCCUGAUGACGCUAUCGGACAACUACGAUAUCCUCUUAUCUCUUGUUCUGCCCGACGUAAACGCCGAUUGGAAUAUCGAAACUCACAUAAACAUCCUCGAGGACUGGUGCGCCAAAAUGAAGCCAUUCGCAAAUUUCUCUGUGACGACGCAGGUCAUUUACCAUCCCGGAAAGCUGCAUCCGACCAAGUAUUUUUACCAGAGAACUGUUUGGUCCAAGGCUGUUCUGUCGACAGUUAUCAACAACUUAGAAGGUCGGCUUCAGAGCAACCAGAAUCCAAAUUCAAAACUUGUCCAGGCGGUUGUGUUUGUGACAAACCGGAGGAUUGUUUUAGAGGAUAAGAAGAAUUCCGCGAUUUUACCCGACUGGGGUAUCUUCCAGUUUCUCUCGCUCGAUGAACAGAAUAUUGAAGGAAAAGUCCUGGACACCGAGCAAAUGCUAGAAAAUGUCGUUUCAGAACUAGAGAUUAUUUUCGGCGAUGUGACGGAAGAAUCAAAAGGCUUGAUGAUUGAAAAGUUUAUCAAGUCGUCUGGAAAGGCACUGAACAGUCUUUCGAAACUCGUCUCGCAGGUGAAGAACAUGGUGAUCAACACGCGAGUGUCAGAAAACAUCGAAGAAGCCGCCACUUGUGGGCUUCAAGCGCUCGAAUCAGAAAGAGAACUCGAUGAACGUCUUUCACUUGCCCGAAAGUCCUUUCGAAUGUCUGAAGGCGCGUUUUUCGACCCUUCCCUUCUCGAACUUCUUUAUUUCCCCGAAGAUCAAAAAUUCGCCAUUUACAUUCCUUUCUUUCUGCCUCUCGCUCUACCAAUCCUUUCUCGCUUCAAACGAGCCGUUGUGUACUUCAAAAACCAAAACUCUGCCGCUUCAAAAGUCAAAUCUGACUAA